CUCCAGACUUCCAACACGCACUCAAACCUCUCUAAAAACUCCGGGCUCCGUGUGAACGCAGCUCUCCACAAAGGAAGAAAGCGUCACACACCUGCCGUGGUUUGCUAAUUCAUGUAAAACGAGGGCUUUUUCCACUUUUGCCUGAGAAACGAAAAUGGCUCGUCCGCGCAUCUGUUCCCACCAACGUGAUGAAAACGGUUCCCGGAGCAGCAGCGACGCGAUGAAGACGGCACUAGCAGUGUGGACUACAUCGUGUCUGAUCUUCAUCCCACACGUUUUUACCUCGACAACACACUUGGCUGUGAUCUCCCCCCAGGACCCAGCACUUCCCAUCGGUUCCAGCCUAACUGUGGUGUGCGCUGUUAGCUCUGAGCUGGGGCUAGCGGCCAGCUCUCUGUACUGGACGCUUAAUGGAAGACGACUGGCCAAGAGCACCUACACGGUGCUCAGUCCGACAGAGCUGAGCGUAACGUUGCACAGGCUCAACGGUUCCCAGCAGCAGUCAGGGGACAACUUGGUGUGCCAUGGUGGCAGUGGGGACGUGCUGGCAGGCUCCUGUCUUUAUGUUGGAAUGCCCCCUGAAAAGCCAGUUAAUCUGUCCUGCUGGUCACGGAACACCAAAGACCUCAGCUGCAGAUGGAGCCCUGGUGGUCAUGGGGAGACUUUCAUCAGUACAAAAUAUGUCCUCAAGUACAAACUGCGAUGGUAUGGCAAAGAGAAGGAGUGUGAGGAGUACAACAUGGGCCAGCCGCAUACGUGUUACAUCCCACGGGAUUUGGCCAUUUUCACACCAUAUGAGAUUUGGGUGGAAGCGUCCAAUCAGCUCGGCUCUGCCACCUCUGAUGUCAUCAUCUUGGAUAUCUUAGAUGUGGUGACCACUGACCCCCCUCCUGAUGUGCACGUGAGUCGGGUGGGCGAGCUAGACGAUCAGCUGAGUGUUCGCUGGGCCAGUCCCCCAGCUCUUAAGGACUUCCUCUUCCAGGCCAAGUACCAGAUCCGCUACCGCCUGGAGGACAGCGCCGAAUGGAAGGUGGUAGAUGAUGUGGGAAACCAGACAUCCUGCAGGUUAGCAGGGCUCAAGCCUGGAACAGUCUAUUUUGUCCAAGUGCGCUGCAACCCCGUUGGCAUUUACGGCUCAAAGAAAGCAGGGAUAUGGAGCGACUGGAGCCACCCAACAGCUGCUUCCACACCCAACAGCGAGCAUCUGCAGAGCGGGUCAUGUGAUCUAAAGUCCGAAGAGCAGAACACCACCCUGCGGCGGGAACUAAAGCAGUUUUUCGGCUGGAUGCGAAAACACACUUACGGCUGCACCAACGUCAGUAUCAAACUUUAUGACCAGUGGCGUGCCUGGCUACAGAAAUCCCAAAAAACUCGCAAUCAGGUAGUACAAAGCGGUAAAUCUUAGCACAAGUCCAAACAAGACUGGAACAGUUUGCGGACAAAUGUGACUAUGGGGUUUUUAUCACUCUCAAGUGCUUAGGAUAGUUUGUUUUGACAAACCCAAAGGCUCUUUUGAAGAAUGCAAAUGGAGCCCAGAAUGUGGCGAGAUGAUCUGUUGAUGUGUCCCUGCUGCACAACUGCGUGCGAUCUCUAACCAAGAACAAAGACAAAGAGGAGAGAGCAUGAGAAACCAUUCCAAGGACAAAGUCGCAGAAGGGGAGAGCUCGGAGGUAGCCGGAGCACUACCCACAUGCCUGAGAUGGAGAGAAAGCAUCAGGCAGGUCAAAAAAAGAAAGAAAUGGAAUUUGCCCUUGGAGCAUCAUUUGUUCAGCAUCUAGCUUCUGGGCUCAUUAGAAUGGAGCCUUGCUAAAAUCCUCUGAACAAGAGCCAACGGCAGAUACUCUGCUCUUCCUGGACACAUCAAGCAAAUAUUGGUUACAGUGAUUUGCUGGCAGAGACACACAAUUUGUAUCAGAAAAAUAUAAAUGGACAUCCCUACCAGGCAUUGAUUCCUUGUACAUGUUUUCUCACUUUUAUUUUUGUAUAAAAUCACAAUAUAUUUAAUAUAUAUUAUGCAGCCUCUUUCAAUACAAUCUGAACUGAUGAUAUUGUUCAUGGGAGUUGAUUUCAUGGCUCAUAAAAAGUGAUGGUAUUUUAAAGAAAUCUGUUAGCAAAAAAAA